UCGCCGUCUCCUAUUUAUACUCCAUAUCCUUCCUCUCUUCUCCCCUUCUCCCUUAUUCCCAAACCCUUUCCUCACGUGGCGGCGGCGGCGGCGAUCGAAGUUUCCUCCUGAGAACGUUGCGGAGAUCGUUUUCGCACCUCCAAAAUGGGGAAGACACGUGGUAUGGGAGCUGGGCGCAAGCUCAAGACCCACAGAAGGAACCAGAGGUGGGCGGAUAAAGCAUACAAGAAGAGUCAUCUGGGAAAUGAGUGGAAGAAGCCCUUUGCCGGAUCCUCUCAUGCUAAGGGGAUUGUUCUCGAAAAGAUCGGUAUUGAGGCAAAGCAGCCGAACUCUGCUAUCCGUAAGUGUGCUCGUGUGCAACUAGUGAAGAACGGGAAGAAGAUUGCUGCUUUCGUGCCCAAUGACGGUUGCUUGAACUAUAUCGAGGAAAACGAUGAGGUGUUGAUUGCUGGAUUUGGCCGGAAGGGUCAUGCGGUAGGAGAUAUUCCUGGUGUGAGGUUUAAGGUCGUGAAGGUCUCAGGUGUGUCUCUGUUGGCUCUCUUCAAGGAGAAGAAGGAGAAGCCCCGAUCUUAAGAGAAUUAUCAGCUGCGGUGUAUUGGAAUGCCAGAUGAUCUUGUUAAGUUAAUUGCUAUAUUUUUCGAAGUUGUAGGCUUCUGGGUAUUGUUAAGUUAAUUGCUAUAUUUUUCAAAGUUGUAGGCUUCUGGGGAUUUUGUUUUCUUAAGCUCGGAAACUUCAUAAGAGUGUUUUGAUCUUUGGAUGAUUUUCUUUAAUGUAGUGUCGUAGAGAUCGCUCUUUGAGAACAGUAUUCAUUCUUGUGGAAAUUAUUUCUUGGACAAGUGAAA